UGUUCCCCUAGUGUGAGAAAUAUUAUAUAGUAGUGGGAAAAAUGUCAUGAGUAGAGUAAAACAGUCAUACUACUAAUGUGCCAAAGUCGUUUUACUAGUGCAUUGAUUUGACUUACCGGUGAGAACAAAGCGUGUACUAGUACAUGGUUGCACCCUAAUUGUUCUACUCGUGUGAGAAAUAUUAUAUAGUAGUGGGGAAAAUGUCAUGAGUAAGAGUAAAACAGUCAUACUACUAAUGUGCCAAAGUCGUUUUAGUAGUGCAUUGAAUCGACUCACUGGUGAGAACAAAGCGUGUACUCGUACAUGGACAAUUCAGUGCAGUAGUAGAAUAUCGCAUAACUGUUGAAACGGCUUGGCAUUUAUUUUAUUUUUUUUACACAUUAUUUUCCAAUGACGUUUUAUUUUCAGUGCUAACCGGAAGUGCCCUUUCCCUUAUCGACACUAGCCUGACGAUGGUAAAGCUAAACGAGCGGCUCUGGUUCGCCAGUGGAGCCUCCAGCACGAAGCGCGCACGCAUGUCCCGCGGACACUUUUUUUUUUUUUUUUUUUUUUUGCAAGGCGCACCAGAGAAGGAGCUCGCACGUCCGGGAAUGACAGCCGCUGUCACCGCGAGUGACAGCUUUCACUCUGGCCCGCUCCACUGACCCACCCAACUUCUUCUUGACGGCUUGACACGUUCGACUCCGAUCCGAACCGGAUCCACCACAGACCGGGACUAUGCCAGAGAUGGAGAAAGGGAGACCGCCAGAAAGUAAACGCAGCAGGAAACCCGCGCAUCCCGUAAAGAGGGAAAUAAACCAGGAGAUGAAGGUGAGAGGAGACCUUUGCAGAAAGCACUAUGAACGAGCUCCUGGGAUGGUAUGGCUACGACAAAGUAGAUCUCCGAGACGCCGAGGCCAACGAGAUCAGGAACUACAGAGAGAGGCGCCAGCAUGUAUCUGUGUUGAAAGAAAACUCUUUGCCAAAACCCAAAACCCUGGACGGCAAAGUCAGUCACUCGGUCCUUGCUAUGAAGAGCGUCGAGAGGGAGUCGUUCAGCGUUCCCUCAUCGUCUUCUUCCUCUUCGUCAACAAGCACCUCCUCGAGCACACCCAAGGAGCAAAAGACUGCACCCGUCAUUGUACCUCUCAUAAAGCCAUCAGCAGUGGACGACGUACAAAAUGUGCAGAUAGUCUGCGUUUGGUGCCAGAAGGAAGGUGUCAAGCGCUACUCUCUAUGCAUGGGUUCCGAGCUCAAGAGCUUCUGCAGUGAGAAAUGUUUUGCUGCCUGCAGACGGGCCUACUUCAAGCGCAAUAAGGCCAGAGAUGAGGACCUCCAUGGGGAGAGAUCCCCUCAGCACCCCCAUACAGAGGACUCACCAAGGCUGGUGAUGAAGAUAAACAGCAAUGUUAGAUCUCUCUCUCCUGGGUUGCAGGUGUGUGAUUGGUGUAAGCAUGUCCGCCACACCAAAGAAUACCUGGAUUUUGGAUCUGGUGAAGAACGACUCCAGUUCUGUAGCACCAAAUGUCUAAAUCAGUAUAAGAUGGAUGUGUUCUACAGAGAGGCUCGUGCAGCCCUUACAUGUUCCAGCCCAGCUAGAGCUGGCCAAGAGGGGAGGUCGGACCACAAUAUUGUUGGGCAAAAGCUUCUCACUCCAGAGUCUUGGAACAGCAGUAAUAGUACAGGGGAAGCACAUCAAAGAAACAUAUCUCCCAAGGGCCCUACACCAAUCCUUGGAUCAUCAGAAUCAUCAUCCAUGUCCCCUUCAGAGUCAUCAUCCUCUUCAAAGCUUCCUGUCACUGGGCAGAGAACUCUGGACAGGCCCAUGCAACCUCCUCCACCUCCUCCUGCUGUAGAAUUGUCACCUCACCCUACACUUAUUCCUCCUCCUCUUCCACACCACCAGCUAGAACAUCCACUGAUUCCUCAAAUGCGAAUGCCCUUCAUUAGACCUCCUCUUCAUGCCCAGGGUCUUAGAAGCCCUCUUACCACUGCUCACCAUCCAAGACCCCCUGGUCCAUCUUCCAGCCCUAUCUACAGACCUCCCCAUUCUCCACACCUGCAGCCCCCCACUUCCUCCUCCAUCAACCCCCCAGGAUUGAUGCAUCCUCUCCCUCGGCCCUACUACCCUGGCUUGCACUCGCCUCCACUUAUGUUACCCAGAGGCCCUGUUCCAAUGCCUCCCUUAAUGAACUUUGGCAUUCCUUCCUUUAGUCCUCUCCUACCCCAGCCCACUGUCCUGGUACCAUACCCAAUUAUUGUUCCUCUACCUGUCCCAAUACCCAUUCCAAUACCAAUUCCAGUCCCCCCCAAAACAAAUCUAGAAACCCAAAAUCACACUGGUGUUAUACAGCCUGUGCCAGAGGGAACAGACAGAUGUAGAUCCAUACCUGCAAGGUUUCCAUCUCCUGGGAUCCCUGAAGGGAACAACCAAUUGCUACACUACAGACUAAGUGGAAACAUGCCUCAUGGUCUCCCUUCACCCAGUGACCGCAAUGCCAAGGACAUAGGCUGGGUUAAAUCAGAGAGACCCUUCUCAUCACCAUCAUCAACGUGCUACAGUGGGACAUUGUCCCCCAGAGCGCAGUACAACACAUCACCCUCCUCAACACGCAGCUCGGAAGGACCGACAGACUAUAAACAACAGCACUCAGAACGACAAGUUAUACAGAGGGUUUUACAGAGAACCCAAGUGAAGCUGGAAUCCAAUUUCAAGGCAGUCGUGGACUUCUCAGGACCGGAAGAGUUAGGUUCUGUUCAGGGUACCAAAUCAGGGCUCCAUGAGAUAAUUAGACCCAGUCCACCUCCACCACCACAGCCCCCUUCACAUGACACUGUAUACCAACAAGACUGCCACACCUCACCUUCACACACUCCACCAAGCCCUAUAGUGAACAACCACCCAUAUGAUGCCAUGGCUUCUGUCCUGAAAUCUCAGAACUAUGGUCCUAAUGGGAUUUCCUCAGUGCUAUCCAUAGCCAGUCCAGGCUCAACCUUACCCCAGAGAGUGCCUGUACCACCCAAAGAUCCUGCACUAACUGAGCUUGAAUCUAUAAAAGAAAACAAGUGCUCAGUUGUCUGCUCUGUGCGAGUUGAUGGUCCAGUCAAUCAGACAGAAGAGCCUUUAGCAGUAGUUCGGGAUGCAGGAGAGGACCCACACUUGCCAGACGAGGACCACGCCUAUGCCCUACCUACUGCACCAAAGACAGGUGGGACCACCACCCCACUGCUCUUGCCCAAACUCAGGGACAAGGGUAGCUUGAGGAGCCCUGCUAAUACGCCCAGUGCUGGAGACAUGGAGCCAGCUCUGAAAAGGAGAUGCCUACGAAUCCGUGAUCAAAACAAAUAAAAAGAGCGGAUGAACAGCACCCCUGUUCAACACAGUAUGGCAGCGCCAGAUUCAGUACCCCGCCCUCGUGUGGACGGUGCCAGUGCUAACACCUUCCCGCCUGCUCUCCACAGCCCACCAGUGUUGCCCGGCCUGUGGACCAG